UCUUGCCGGCACCAGAACCGGCACCGAACCGGCACCGAACGGGCACAGAACCGGCACCGAACGGGCACAAAACCGGCACAGAACCGGGGCCGCCGCCGGGAGGGGCGGGGCUACACGGGGGCGUGGUCACACAGAGGAAAGGCGGGAUCUCAUGGGGGCGUGGUCACGCAUAGGAAAGGCGGGGUCUCAUUGGGGCGUGGCCCGCGGGGGCGUGGCCCCGCCGGGCCGGAAGCGGGGCGGGGCAGGAAGCGGCGGCGGCGGUUCCGGUAACGGCGGCGGCGGCGGAGGCGAUGAGCUUCGUGUGGCCCUGGCAGUACAGCUUCCCUCCCUUCUUCACGUGAGCGCGGCCGGGGCUGGGCUGGGGCCGGGGGAGCGGGGAGGGGAGCGGGGGUGCCGGUGCCCGGCCGCCCCCGUGCUGACCGGGCCCCGCAGGCUGCAGCCCAACGGCGAGACGCGGCAGAAGCAGCUGUCGGCCUGGUGCGCGCUGGCGCUGGCCUACAGCCAGGAGCACCGGCUGCCCGCCAUGACGGUGCGGGAGGCCCAGGACAUCCCGCUCUUCGCCAACCACCGCCUGCAGCGGAAGCUGCCGCUGGAAUCCAUCCAGGUGGUGCUGGAGGAGCUCCGCAAGAACGGGAACCUGGAGUGGUUAGACAAGAACAAAACCAGCUUUCUGAUCAUGUGGAAGAGGCCAGAAGAAUGGGGAAAGCUCAUCUACCAAUGGGUGUCCAAGAACGGCCUGACCAACUCUGUGUUCACGCUGUAUGAACUGGUCAGUGGAGAUGACACAGAGAAUGAAGAGUUUCAUGGCCUGGAUGAGGCCACGCUGCUCCGUGCCCUGCAGGCCUUGCAGCAGGAGCACAAGGCUGAGAUCAUCACGCUGGAUGAUGGCAGGGGUGUCAAGUUCUUCUGACUGGAGCCUCCUCCCCUUCCCUGCUGCAGGCUGGGCUCCCCCUGCCAGGCGUUCCUCUCUGGGCCUGGCCCCAAACUGUGACUGCAAGUAGCUGCAUCUUGGGAUUUCUCGGGGCAAGAUGAGUCUGAGAACCCUUCCAAAGACUCAGGAAUAUCCUGAGCUCCUCUGUCUGUCUGUUCUCCCUGUUGGUGUGUUCGAGAGGCUGAAGGAUUUCUGAGAGGGACCCCCCAGGAGUGAAACUGGACUGCUGCUGGUCCCUGUGCCUGGAUGGCCUCGAAGCAGCCCCAGCUGGCUGGUCAGGCUUGGCCUCAGAGGGUCCCCCUGUGGCCCUGGCAGCCACGUGCCUGGGUCCUGCAGUCCUGCUGCAGUGCCAGGGGCUGAGGCAGGAGCAGGGGCUGGCUGUGGAAGCCCUCAGUGGCAGAAGGAAGUGCACUUGCUGCCAAGCAGGCUGGGGGAAGCCAGGGAACUAAUUUCAGGUGAUUAAAAGGAGAUGUAUUUAUAGAGCA